ACAACAAAUUGCAGUUUAUCUAAAAUCUUUGUCAAAUGAAAUCAUGCUGAUAUUAUCGUUUAUUUUUUUAUUUAGUUCAUCAGCUUGCAUUCUUGCUGCCAAUAAUUUACUAUGUUCAGAAGACUUUUGUUCGUAUUACAUUGAACAAAAUGAAUGCAUGUCAACAAGUGACGCUUGCCGAAUUCAAAACAAAACUUAUAGCGGAGAGCUAUUUCCGGGACAAGUUCCGUGUGGUUGUUGUGAUGUUUGUCUACAAAAUCUUCAUGAAGGUGAUCCUUGUACAAUAGGAUCUCCAGAUGUUACCCCUCCAAUGCUUGUUUGUGGACCAGGUUUAUACUGUAAACAGGAUCCAGUCAAAUCGGAAUAUACUUGCCAAAAAAUGACUCAUACUGAAUGUUUUCGUGAGCAAAUUGCGUAUGAUGAGAAAAAAUCUGCUGGACUAUUAGGAUCCUUUAUGCAACGACCGAAAUGUGAUGGUGAUGGAAAUUAUCUAUCAGCAAAAUGCAACAUUGGGCAAUCAUGUUUUUGUGUCAGCAAAAAAGGCAAGAGGAUCUUUGGAGAAGCUCCUUAUAGCCUAACCACGGAAGCAACUAUGAAAUGUGAAUGUUCCAGGAUGGUUGAUCAAUUUUUGAGUACCAUGAAAUUUAAGUAUCCUGUUUCGACAGCUAGAUGUCAAGAAGAUGGAAGCUUUGAUCAAUUGCAGUGCAUGAACGGAAAAUGUGUUUGUAUUGAACAUGAUUCUGGAUCUCCGUCGAGUUCAGUUACCGUUGUGACUGGUUCGGAUUACAAACUUAUGCCAUGUUUUGAUCGCAAAAUGCAUUUAGAAUAUAAAUAUUCGCAUAAUUGUGAAGAAAUAAGGAAUGAUUUGGCGAAAGAAAUUGAAGCAGCUAAAGGUAAACAAUUUUCAGUCUUUGGAUAUGAUUUUCCCAAUUGUCAACCAGAUGGAUGGUUUGAUGCGGUGCAAAAGGAUGGCAAUACUUUAUUUUGUGUGGAUAAAUAUAAUCAAAAGAUUGAAGGGUUCGAAGUAGAAAAAGGAAGCCAGGAUGCAAUUAAUAUGAACUGCAAAUGUGCCAGAACUCGCCACUUGUUGCGUAAAGAGAAUCUUAAGGAUUUACCGGAAUGUUCUACUAAUGGAAAUUUUAAGAAGGUACAAUGCAGAAAUGAAAUGUGCUACUGCGUCAAUGAUGAUGGAUUACAGCUAACCAAAGAAGUACCAAACACGGAGGAGUUAAGUUGUUCAUAA